UUAAAUUAAAGGAACGAACUUUUGAAACCCAAAAACGUACGGGCUUUCUCUCUCUCUCUCUCUCUCUGGAAUCUCAUCAUUAUCGAGCUUCCAGCUGAUUUCCGAGUUCCUUCCUGUUCCUCCACUCCAGCUCUCGAGAAAUCCCCUUCGCCUUCGAGCCCUAGGCCUGCUCCGCCCUCGGAUCGACGGCUGUUCAUCUCCGAUUUUUCAUUUUUUUUGGGGAUUUUCGGCGUGCGAUAUUCGCACUUCGUCCUCGGAGAUUUAAGCUUGUUCUCGGUUGAUUUUUUACUAGAUUUUAUCGGGAUUUCCGAGGGGGGAUUCGAUUCGAAUUUUGGGGAGGGUCUAGGGUUUCGAAUUUCUUCUUUUAUUUGGUGGUCUUGUCGGGAGUGGGAUUCGCUCGAGAAAUGGGGAGCAGGAGAGAGGAGGAGCGGAACGAGAAGAUCAUCCGGGGUCUCAUGAAGCUGCCCCCGAACCGGAGAUGCAUCAACUGCAACAGCUUGGGUCCUCAGUAUGUUUGUACGACCUUUUGGACUUUCAUCUGCACGACUUGCAGCGGAAUACACCGUGAGUUUACUCAUCGCGUAAAAUCUGUCUCCAUGGCGAAGUUCACUUCCCAAGAGGUUGAAGCGCUUCAAAAUGGUGGUAAUCAGCGUGCAAGGGAAAUGUAUUUGAAGGAUUGGGAUUCACAAAGACAGAGAUUGCCUGAUAGCAGCAAUGUUGAUAAGGUUCGGGAGUUCAUAAAGGCUGUAUAUGUGGAUCGAAGAUAUGCUGGAGGAAAAAACUCUGACAAGCCUCCAAGAGAUAUGCAGAGCAUGAGAAGCCAGGAAGAAGAGAUGAGGCGUGCCAGCUCUUAUCAUUCUUACUCUCAGAGUCCACCUUAUGACAACCAAUAUGAAGAACGGCGGUAUGGCAGGCAAGGUGCUACUCUUACAAGAAAACCUGGUUCAGAUAGAGGCCUAUAUGAAGGGAAAAUCUCCAGUCUGAUCUACAGUCCAGGACGUUUAAGUGAGCGUGCUUAUGAGGAUAGAUUUGCAAAUGAAGGUUCUGUUCCCAGGGUCUCAGAUUAUUCUGUUUCUAGUGGAGGUGAUCCAUUCAGAUCUGAUGCUCAGUCCCCAAAUUUUCAGAAGGACAGUGAAUUUGGUCCCACAGAGACACCUUUCGAGAGAUUUUUCAGGGAAUAAUCUGAGUCGUCAAACAUCAAAUACAUCUCGAGAGGCACGAUUCGAAGAGAUGCCAACGGGAUACCCCAUCCUCAGAGAACUGCAUCAUUAGGAAGCUUUGGUUCAUUUGAUAGCAACUCUGUGUCUCUUCAGUCAUUUAAUUCAGGUAGUUUAGCAGAUUUGAUUUCUGAGCCUGAGAUUUCUGGAAAUCACCCAGACAAAAUGCCUAGUUUUCCUGCGUCAACUGUUUCUGCAAGUUCAAGUAACGUAGACCUAUUCAAGUCACAACUGGCACCAGAACCAGUUCGUUCUGAAGCCUCAACUGUUGAUUUGUUCAAGGGAGCCGCCACAUCAACAGCUCCAUCUCUAGAUCUUUUUCAGUUAACUCCAACAAAUGUAGUUCCAUCUACGUUACAACAUCAGACUCCCCAAGCACCUCCAUCUACAUCUUUGGAUUUGUUUGCUGAUUUUCCACAGCAUCGAUCAGAUGCGACCUUGGAUAGCAGGGAACCUGAGCUGUCAAAGCACAAAAAUGAAGGAUGGGCGACAUUUGAUUCUCCUAAUUCCACUCUAUCUGCACUAGGGACUAACAAUUCAACUUGCGACUUAAUUUCCGGCGACACGGAUUCUAAGAAAUUUGUUCCCUUUUCAUCUUUUGAUCCAAAUAUGGAUUGGGAUAUCUCUCAAAAAACUAGUUCCCAGAAUCUUCCUUCAUCGAUACCAGAUCUGUGGCAUGGAGGUCUUGAGAAUAGUCAAGUGGCCACCACCACAUCGGGCACUCAGCCAUGGAAUGCAUUUGGAGAAUCUGCUGAACACCUUCCUUCUGAAAGUGUUAAGCAAAAUAGUGAGACACAAGUAGCCACCCACCCUCUUCCAUCAAGUGUUGAUCAUCAGUACUUGGGCUUUGAAGCUUCUCAGGACUUGAAAGAUUAUGGGCUACCGCUGUCCACAUCUAUUGCUGGAUGUCCAGGUCAAAGUGUGCAGUCAAAUUUAGUUAUGGGGACGUCAUGCAACCAAUCGGUGGAGACCUCAUCACAUGGAUAUGCAGCAGGUUAUAAAUCAACAAACCCGUUUGAUCUUCCAUAUGAUUCUGAGCUGGAACAAAACAAUGUGUUCUUGGACAUGAGCUCAUUGCAAGCUGCACUGCCUAGUGCCCAUUUGCCAUCCACCUUACUUAAUGGUGUAAAUGAAUCUUGGUUUCCCCAGAAUCCAGGGACACCUUAUGUUCCAGCUGCUCCACAAGGUGGCCUAGCAUUCAUGGUGGGGCAAGCACCAAGCUCUCAGAUACCGAAUGUCCCGACACAGGGGCCUGUUGCUUCUAUUGGAGGAAAUCCCUUUGCGUGAGCAUCCAUGCCGUGGAACCAAAUCAACACCUAGUUAUAGCAUUUUCACGAGCCUUUGUAUUUGUAGCUAGCUGUUUUUGCAGUAGGCAGGAAUGUGAAUUAGUGUCUUCUUUUCCUUAGAUUUUAGAACAGUCGGGUGCUGAUUCCUGCCAAUCCCAUUUGCUGGUUAAAGAGAUCCUUUGUGCGAGAAAUUAGUCCAGUGCUAUUGUCAUAUUCGCUAUGCUGUCGAGUGUGGUUACGGUAAUCUAGCGAUUGUAUACCUUGCUCUUGAUUGGACUUGUAUUUAUCUUUUUGGUUAAAGACUCUUGUAAUAAGUGUUCGAUGCACUCA